UUGCCAAUUCCUUUUGAUCAUUUCCUUCAUAGCCAUCAACCUCCAUAGCUCCAAACACAACCAAAAACAAAACCAUCGAUCACCAUGGUCGUGGGGGUUCCAACUCGCGACUCGCACAAGCGCAACUUCGCGGUGGCCGUAGCGGCGGUUUUCGCCAUGCUAGCGAAGCGAGCAAGCCGGCUUCCAAAGAAGCUGAAGGCGGCGGCAGAGUCGGAGCCGAAGCCGGUGGACGACUGGAAAAUCGUGCUGAGAUCAUCGCCGAAGUCAUCACCGGCGGCGGCGCUGGUAGCGCGGCCGAAGAAGUUACUUAGCAGCUUAAGCAGCAAAACGCUGUCGUUUAUUCAGAAGAAGAAUAAUAAGAGUGGAGGGGAGUGGGGAGACGGUGGCGUGUGGCAGAAAGCGAUCUUGAUGGGGGACAAGUGUGAGCCGUUGGAUUUCUCGGGUGUAAUUUACUACGAUAGUAAUGGGAAGCAGGUUAGUGAAAUCCCUGUUAGGUCCCCACGUGCGAGUCACGUGCCUGCUCCGUUCUUCACCCCUCAGAGACAGUUACUUAAACGAUCAGUCUCCUCUGAAUUUUUUUGAGUGUGGUUGGAUCACCGAUCGGUGAGUGACAAGCACCACCGCCGCCGCCAUCGUAGAAGGACGAUUUAAACUAUGUCAUACAGCUUUUUUUUAAGAUAUAUUUACGUGAAGAUAAUAUUAUAAAUUUUUAGAUUAUAAUUAAUUAAAUAUAUUUAAUCAUAACAAUUUAUAAUAUUAUCUUCGCAAAAAUAGUCACCUUUGAUGACCAGCUAGAGUUUGUGAAAUUGAGAGCUGUGAGCCUGUGUGGCUUGAAUGGAGUGAUAAGUCAAAUCUUGUAGUAUGUUGGAAAACAAAAAAUCAAAAUAAUAAAACAUGCUUACAUAUGCUAUUAUGUAUGUAAAUAAUAAAAAAAAAUUAGCAUCUAAUUCAUCGCAUAUUUUAACCCUGA